GGACGCGGGCGGACGCGCGCAGCCGGGAGAUGCCGCUGCUUCACCGAAAGCCGUUCGUGAGGCAGAAGCCGCCGGGGGACCUGCGGCCGGACGAGGAAGUUUUCUACUGUAAAGUCACCAACGAGAUCUUCCGCCACUACGAUGACUUUUUUGAACGAACCAUUCUGUGCAACAGCCUUGUGUGGAGCUGUGCUGUGACGGGUAGACCUGGACUGACAUAUCAGGAAGCACUUGAGUCAGAGAGAAAAGCAAGACAGAAUCUCCAGAGUUUCCCAGAGCCACUAAUUAUUCCAGUUUUAUACUUGACCAAUCUUACCCAUCGUUCACGCUUACAUGAAAUUUGUGAUGAUAUCUUUGCAUAUGUCAAGGACCGAUAUUUUGUUGAAGAAACUGUGGAAGUCAUUAGGAACAAUGGUACAAGGCUGCAAUGUAGAAUCUUGGAAGUCCUCCCUCCAUUGCAUCAAAAUGGUUUUGCUAAUGGACAUAUGAGCAGUGUUGAUGGAGAAACGAUUGUCAUCAGUGACAGUGAUGACUCAGAAACACAAAGCAGCUCUUUUCAACAUGGGAAGAAGAAAGAUGCAAUCGAUCCCUUAUUAUUCAGAUACAGGGUUCAGCCCACUAAAAAGGAGAUGUAUGAGUCUGCUGUUGUUAAAGCAACACAAAUCAGCCGGAGAAAACACCUAUUUUCUCGUGAUAAACUAAAGCUUUUUCUCAAGCAACACUGUGAACCACAAGAUGGAGUCAUUAAAAUUAAGGCAUCAUCUUUUUCGACAUAUAACAUAGCAGAGCAAGAUUUUUCUUAUUUCUUCCCUGAUGAUCCACCUACAUUUAUCUUCAGUUCUGCUAACAGACGAAGAGGAAGACCUCCCAAACGAAUAUCUUUUGGUCAGGAAGACAACAUUGCUAGUAAGCAGACUAUUGCAAGAUGUCGAAGCAAAGCUAUUAAAGAAAGAGACAAGCUUCUGAAACAGGAAGAAAUGAGGGCACUGGCUUUGGAAAAGGCUAAACUAAAACGAGAAAAAGCAGAUGCUUUGGAAGCACGAAAAAGGGAAAAAGAAGAUAAAGAGAAAAAGAGGGAAGAAUUGAAGAAAAUUGUAGAAGAAGAGCGACUAAAGAAAAAAGAAGAAAAAGAGAGACUUAAAAUAGAAAGAGAAAAGGAAAGAGAGAAAUUACGUGAAGAAAAGCGAAAAUAUAUGGAGUACUUAAAGCAGUGGAGUAAACCCAGAGAAGAUAUGGAAUGUGAUGACCUUAAGGAACUUCCAGAACCAACACCAGUGAAAACUAGACUACCUCCUGAAGUCUUUGGGGAUGCUCUGAUGGUUUUGGAGUUCCUUAAUGCAUUUGGGGAACUUUUUGAUCUUCAAGAUGAGUUUCCUGAGGGAGUAACCUUAGAAGUGUUAGAGGAAGCUCUUGUAGGAAAUGACAGUGAAGGCCCACUGUGUGAAUUGCUUUUUUUCUUCCUGACUGCAAUCUUCCAGGCGAUGGCUGAAGAAGAGGAGGAAGUAGCCAAAGAGCAGAUAACUGAUGCUGACACCAAAGAUCUAACAGAGGCUUUGGAUGAGGACGCAGACCCCACAAAAUCUGCACUGUCUGCAGUUGCAGAUUAUGUCGAUGUAUUACGACAAGCCAAGCAGGAGUUCCGAGAGCUCAAAGCAGAACAGCACCGGAAAGAGAGAGAAGCCACAGCUGCUCGAAUACGUAGAAGGAAGGAAGAAAAACUUAAGGAACAAGAACAGAAAAUGAAAGAGAAACAAGAAAAACUGAAGGAGGACGAGCAGAGAAAUUCAGCUACAGAUCUAGGGGAAGAAGAACGGGAAGAUUUUGAUACUAGUACUGAGAGCAAAGAAAUAGAGAGGAAAGAUCUGGAUCCUGAUAUGGUUACUGAAGAUGAAGAUGACCCAGGAUCACAUAAAAGGAGCAGAAGAGGGAAAGUGGGACAAACUGCAGUUAAACAAUGUAUAAAGCAAGAAGAGAUGAACUACUGUAUAAAGCAGGAGCCUCUGACUGCCGAUGCAGAGGAAACUUUGAGACAGGAGCACCAACAGAAAGAGAGAGAACUCCUAGACAAGAUCCAGAGUGCCAUCGCCUGUACUAACAUCUUCCCUCUGGGGCGCGACCGCUUGUACAGGCGGUACUGGAUCUUCCCUUCUAUUCCUGGUCUGUUUAUAGAAGAAGAUUAUUCAGGUCUUACUGAAGACAUGUUGUUACCUAGGCCUUCAUCAUUUCACAAUAAUGCACAGCCUCACGAUCCUCAGGUAUCUAUUAAAACUGAAGAGUCCUUCAUGUCUGAAUCUACCUCUAGCCUCAACCAAGGUCCAUUCAGUGAUUCUGUGCUGCUGCCAAAACCAGUGCAUAAGCCAAAUCGGUGGUGCUUUUACAGUUCUUGUGAACAGCUAGACCAGCUCAUCGAAGCUCUCAACUCCAGAGGACACAGAGAAAGUGCCUUAAAAGAGACCUUGCUACAGGAGAAGAGCAGAAUAUGUGCACAGCUUGCCCACUUUUCUGAAGAGAAAUUCCAUUUUUCAGACAAACCUCAGGCCGAUAUCAAGCCUGCUUCUUCUCGGGGACGAUCUUCUGGUGCAUGUGACACAUCACAGAUAUCUGCAGAGAGGCAGCUUGAGCUGAGGCUCAGAGACUUUCUCUUGGAUAUUGAGGAUAGAAUCUAUCAAGGGACACUAGGAGCCAUCAAGGUGACAGAUCGACAGGUCUGGAGAUCAGCCCUGGAGAAUGGACGAUAUGAACUGUUAAGUGAGGAAAGCAAGGAAAAUGGAGUGAUUAAAGCUGUGAAUGAAGACAUGGAGGAGAUGGAAAUUGAACAAGCAAGGGUCAUAGUAAGAGACAGACUUUCUGGAAUUAAAACAGAAACUCCAAGUACCAUCUCCACUAGUAGCAGUACACCACAGUCAGUGAGCAGUGUGGUUCAUUAUCUGGCCCUGGCCCUCUCUCAGAUAGAACAGGGCAUUGAACGGCGCUUCCUCAAAGCUCCACUUGAUGGCAACGACAGCGGACGUUCUUAUAAAACUGUCCUGGACCGUUGGAGAGAGUCUCUCCUUUCCUCUGCUAGUCUAUCCCAAGUGUUUCUGCAUUUAUCAACCUUGGAUCGCAGUGUGAUGUGGUCUAAGUCCAUACUGAACGCUCGUUGCAAGAUCUGCCGGAAAAAGGGAGAUGCUGAAAAUAUGGUGCUCUGUGACGGCUGUGACCGAGGGCAUCACACCUAUUGCGUCCGACCAAAGCUCAAGACUGUUCCGGAUGGAGAUUGGUUUUGUCCAGAAUGUCGACCAAAGCAACGUUCUAGAAGACUUUCCUCUAGGCAGAGACCAUCCUUAGAAAGUGAUGAAGAAAUGGAAGAGGGUAUGGAAGGUGAUGAUGAUGAAGUUGAUGACGCUGAUGAAGAGGGUCAAAGUGAGGAGGAAGAAUAUGAGGUGGAGCAAGAUGAGGAGGACUCUGACGAAGAGGAAGCGCUCAGCCCACCAAAACGAGGAAGACCCCAAGUUAGAUUGCCAAUUAAAACAAGAGGGAGAUUUGGCCCUUCUUUCCCAAGCCGCAGCCAACGACAAGACCCUGGAAGAUACCCUUCAAGGAGUCAGCAGAGCACGCCCAAAACCACUGCUUCUAAACCUGCUGGCAGAAGUCUAAGGAAAACCAGAUCUGCUCCUCCCACAGAAACUCGAUCCCUGAGAGCUGGUAGUCGCUCCACUCGCCACAGUCCUAAUGCACUGCAAGCAGAUGUGUUUGUGGAACUGCUUAGUCCUCAUGGAAAACGCAAAGUACGGAAGAGUGCUGAUAACACCCUAGAACACAGUCCCGGCUUCACUAACUUCAGGGUCAGCACCUCAAGAUCAAGCAGACAGUUGAUACCUUUAAAUACUGCUGGACUUUCUCUCCCAGAGGGUGAGUCUAAGAGAAGAGGCAGGAAAAGACAAUCUACAGAGUCAUCUCCUGUACCACUGAAUCGAAGAAGUUCUGGCCGACAAGGAGGCGUUCAUGAAUUGUCUGCUUUUGAACAACUUGUCGUGGAACUGGUCCGGCAUGAUGAUAGCUGGCCCUUUUUGAAACUGGUUUCUAAAAUCCAGGUCCCAGACUACUAUGACAUCAUUAAGAAGCCCAUUGCCUUAAAUAUAAUUCGAGAAAAAGUAAAUAAAUGUGAAUAUAAAUUAGCAUCUGAAUUUAUUGAUGAUAUUGAGUUAAUGUUUUCAAACUGCUUUGAAUACAACCCUCGGAACACAAGUGAAGCAAAAGCUGGAACUAGGCUUCAAGCCUUUUUUCAUAUUCAAGCUCAAAAGCUUGGCCUCCAUGUCUCACCCAGUAAUGUGGACCAGGUUAGCACGCCACUAGCUGCAAAGAAGUCUCGGAUCUAAGUUUGUCCUUCUAAAGGCUAUACGUGAAGAAAAACAUGAAUCGUUCAUGAAAAUGGAACAUUAAAUCUUGCUCUAAAGCAGAUAUGUGUAUAAAGCAAUAACAGCUGGUUGACCACAUCCAAGUGUGGCCUGCACUAUAUUCUCAAUUUACUAUUAAGCACUCAGGAGAAUGUAGGAAAGAUUUCCUUUGCUACAGUUUUUGUUCAGUAUCUACUAAGUUUUAUAGAUGUAUUGAGUACAGCGCUGGUUUACAGAGGCUUUUGUACAUUUUGAGAUCAUUCAUGUGUUCAGGUAUCUUGGAAAAUAUUUUUUCAUCUUUGAUUUAUUUUGUCAUUGAGCUUUAGGAGUUUCGGUAGUCGGGAGGCUUUGUCUCCACAGUAAGUCUUCUAGACCACAGCUUAGAGAAUGUGUCCUAAAGACUGUUUCAUGAGCACAUGGUUUCAACACUACACAUGAAUGAAUCCAAUUCUCUAGCUCUGACGUGCCGUAGCCAGUGCCGACUGAAUUUAUUAACUAGAUAUUUAUUUAGCAUUCAAAGUCAUUUGUGAAUUUGUUUUGUAUUUAUAAAAUUUAUACUUGGAAAAUGUUCUUUAAUUUUUUAAACAUUUUACUAUGUUUUUGUUUUAUUUCUCGACCAGUCUUAAUGAUUUAAAAAUAAAAAUGCUACCCUCUCUAACAGUUCUGUUUUACAAACGAUAAGUUUCUGUGUACAACUUUUCUAAGUGUGCAAAUAAAAUGAUACAUUUUUUCAA